AUGGGCUUCUUAGGAGCGGCGUCAAGAUUAACCCUCCUCAUUCUCUCCGUACAUUUCUUCGUCCGCGCGAGCUCUGCCCCCGUUCGUACCCCAACUUUACCACCUUUUGGACCAACAUUAGCAGAAAAGCGAGAAUGGGUUUUCGUUCGAGUUAUUGUAUAUGUUUAUCCAGUCCUCCAGAUACUUUACAUAUCUACCUCCUUCUUCGAAUACUCAUUCAUCAUAGCCACCCAUUUCCACUCGACUUGGCUCUUUCUCAACAAACAUCUCCCACUCCCAACAAUGCCCUCCGAAGCACCACAUCCUGGCUACACCCCAACACUCGCAUUGCUCAUCGGUGUCCUGGGAGGCUAUCUCCGAGUUUUAAGCUUCAAAACCCUAGGUAACGCAUUCACCUUCAACGUCACACGACAGAGUCCAAAACUCGUAACUACCGGUCCAUACUCCCUCGUACGCCACCCUUCCUACCUAGGAGCAUCAUUAAUGCUAGCCGGAAUAACGCUCUACCACCUAUCACCCGGAUCGUGGCUUCGAGAGAGUGGUAUACUCCAAAAGCACGUAUGGAAAAUGGCUUUAGGGUUGUGGAUCUUCAUAACAAUUUUCGUGACGAAUAUUUGUCAGGUGCUACGAGUACAGGAUGAGGAUCAGUUGAUGCAGAAGAUGUUUGGAAAAGAAUGGGAAGCGUGGAGAAAGGUUGUGAGGUAUAAGAUGAUACCAGGAUUGUAUUAG